UUCUUCAACUGUGAAGGUGUUAGCUUACUCUUGAUGCGAUGAACUAGACUUAUUCCCCUUUUCUUUCUUUCUUUUUUUGUCUGUGUUUUGAACUUUCUUGAGUACAUUUAGCCCCUAACUAAAUCCUAAUUGUACCUUAAAAUGUAAAAGAACCCUUCAAUUCCCAAGACACACUCAAAAAUGCGAAAGACCACCAUUUGACUCCGAAGUAUGUUCUAAAAGUUGAAGUGUACCCCAUUCAAUUCCUAAAAGCUCUCUAAGAUGCAUAUGAGCUCCCACCCAACUCCUAAAUGCAUUUUGAGACUUCACAACACCGAUUUUUGAACUCUUCACCAAUAACUCCCUAAAAUGGUAAAAUGCUAAAAGAUCCCUACUUGACUCUCAAAGGUGAACCGCAUAACCAACUUCAGAGCCUGUUUAAGAUGCAAAUGAACCCCACCCAACUCUGAAAUCAACUAAUCUUCCGAAGAUGCUUGAUUUAGUUCUUUUUUAUAUAUAGGAACAUUUCUUUGAAUGAAUGAAACAAGGGAAGACCCAGCGGCCAGCUCCUAUAGGUGAUUAUAAGAAAUCUCUCCAAUAGGAAGUGAAAAAAUAUAAACUAUAGCCUAUAGGAAGUAAAAAGAAAUUCAGAAUUACACCAAUUGAAAACAUGAGUAACAACUGAGUCCCGAAAUCUAUCAGCAGCAGAGGAUGUGUCUCUAAAGAGCUGACCUUUACAUUCAUCACAAAGAGUCCAAAUGAAACCUCACACAAUAGAUAACCUAAUAAAAUGUCUAGUGCCACCAAAAGGAUGCCCAACAAGCAAAGAUUUCUAGAGAUCAAUGGUAGAGUUGGGGAAGGCCAAAGACCAAUCAAAGGCUUCUAGAACAAUAUCCUAAAAAUGUGACGCAAAAGAGCAGUGUGCAAACAAAUGAGCUGGAGUUUCAGAGGUAUAGCAACACAUGGAGCACCACGAAGGGGAAAGAUGCAUAUAAGGCAUAUGUGAUAUGACGCCGUAAUCUAUUAUACGUGUUUAUGGCUCCAAGUUUGAGCUCUCGUAAGAAAAUUUUAAUUUUCUUCAGGUAAGCCUUCCAAAUAAUUAGUAGAGGUCCUUCCAAAGUGGUCAUUAGUUCCAAUAAUAUCAACCACGAGAGAUUUAACGAUGAAAUGCAGUGAUGCAUUGGCCAAAUCCAAACAUUAGCAGUUGAUCAAUGUCAAACAGAUGUGAGAUGAUCAGAUAAAAUAUCCCAUUCAGAUAAUUUCAAAUAAUUAAUGUUUCGACAGAGGUGAAGAUCCGAUGAAUCAGAAUCAACAAUCCAUACAUCUGCCACCGUUUCAGUAGGGCAAAGAGCAAGGCGAAACAUUUGAGUGAACGAAGUAGCUAAAAUACCACAACUAAGCCAAGGGUCAAUCCAAGAAAAGGUAGUAGUACCAUCACCAAUAUGAUGUUGAAAACAACUAUCAGUCAGCCCGAUGUUCUGACAAAUAUACCUCCAAGGGGAGAGAUGUGAACCAUGAUGUUUGCAGGAGGGCCAGCCUCUAUCAGUCAAAUGAUGUUUAGUAACGAUAACUUUCUGCCAUAACACGUCCUGCUCAGUAAGGAAUUGCCAAAUGCAUUUAGCCCAAAGGGCAACAAUGGUGGAACUUUCCAAUACAAGAGAAGGUAAAGAUGAUGCCUCUAAUCAUUGAGUUCUAUUCCAGUUGCAAAGGAAAAAUGAAGUUCCUUUAAUUUUCAUCAAUAGUUCGUGUCUAUGUAUGUCAACAUGGGGAUGAUUAUUCCACCAAACCUCCACCAUAGCCCGAAAAAAAGGAAUUGUAAGUUGAGCAUUCUCAAAACAGAUAGGGCAGUACCUCAAUCAAUGUUACUCAAAGUCAGAAACAAAGGAAAAUGGUUUGAUGUUAUGCUAUUGAGCCACUUUGAGAUCAUUGAACCAUACUUGGCAAUGCAUGCAUCAGUAAGCAAGAAUCUAUCUGAUAAAGAUAGAUAUUUAGUAAGGCUAGAAGUAGACCAAGUAAAACGGCCAUUAUUGAGAGGAAUAUCAUGUAAUUCAUAGUUUGCAAUCUGUUGAUUGAAAGCUGUAUACUUGAAGAGACAAAAUGAUUGUGAGAUUUUUGUAAAGUCCAUUGAUCCACAUUAAAGUCAUCUGCGAUUACCCAUCUGUCUCCCCCAACCUCCAACCCAAUCGUUAAGCUCUUUCCAAUAAUAUAUUCUGAUCCAAACCAACUCAAUCACUAAGCUCUUUCCGAUAAUCUAUUUUGAGAACAUUGUCAGAGGGUCCAUAAACCGAUGUAAGUCUUCAUUGUAUAAUUCUCUUGUACUUUGAGAUUUACAUUAAUAAAGAAGCUUGUCUCCGUUUCAAAAAAAAAGAAAACCGAUUUAAGUCGAAGAGAAAACCAUCAACCAAAGAUAAAUGUACAGAUACAAUAAAAUGGCCUUGAAUAGCCUCAUGAACUUUAUAAUCAGGUUCACUUUAUAAGACAAGAAUACCACCAGAAUAGAGGUUGUCAAUUCAGAAGAUGCUUUAUCAAGAGCCAAAGGCAUAUUGACUUGGCUUAAUUGCGAUGUGCUCUCAACGAUGUUCCUCAGGUUGCUUCGUCUUGCUUGUUAUCUUGAUAUUAAGGUGGGUGAUGUUGGAUUGUAAAUACAAAAGCGUGGGAUUUAUGUCUUUGAAAGUGUGCAAUCUUAAUGACCUUGAAACUUCAGCUCUGAGCUUCCCUUUCUUAGUUGUUGUUCUUUGUUACAUCUCGUGCUUCUCUUGAUUCAUGGAGGAUCCUCAUCUUUUUCUGUGAAAUCUCUUAUGAGUGACUUGAUGGACAUUGUGGAUCUCCUGCAAAGGAUCUAUAUUCUUUUAUGUGGAUGGAUCAUUAUCCUAAGAAAUAAAAUUUUUCUCAUGAGAGCGUAGCUUGGAUGUCGUCAAUAGUGUUGAUAGUCUUCAAUAUUGUAUGCCUUAUAUGUUUAUCUCUCCAUCUUAGUGUGUUCUGUGUCAAAGCCAUUCUAAGUCCCCUGGUCAUCCAUUUAUGCAUUGUUCUUUUGCCUCUUGCUUCUAGCAUAUUAUUUUGGAUGCUUUUGAAUCUUGAUUGGUUGCCCUAACAAUAUUGUUGACAUCUCCUGUGGGGAGAAAAACCACUUUUUCUAGUGUGCUAGCGUCUGUGCCAUUCUAUGAGUGCUUUGGGACGAGAGGAAUAGUAGGGUGUUUAGGGGCGUUGAGAAGGGGAGUGAAGGCUUAACGUAUCUUGUUACCUUCAUGUUUCUCAUUGGGCUUCGAUUUCGAAGACUUUUUAUAAUUAUUUUGUGAGCAUGCUUAUUUAUAGUUGGAGUGCCUUGUAACGGGAUUCCUCCUUUUCGUGGAUUUGGGUUUUUGUAUGCCCGUGUAUUCUUUCAUUCUUUUUCAAUGAAUGUCGUGUUUCUCAUUUUAAAAAAAUACAAUAUUCUUGACAUUUUGGCUUCUCUUUUGGUGAGUCAUCCGUUUUAUGGUACAAAGAAGAUGGUUUGGUGGCCAUAUUGCAUGCUUUUUUCUGGACUUUAUGGGGCUUCAUUGGUUGCAGGUGCAUGUGAAUUUGCAACAAACAUUUCAGAGAAAUCGGAACUGUUUGAUCAGAUCCAGGAACUGGGCAGGACGGUUUGUUGGUCUCAGCAAAAAUCCAUCUACAAAAGCAGCUGUGAUUACUGCAACAUCCUCAGCGGCAUCUGUGUGCAUUGGGCCUGCUCUGGAGGUGCAAGAAAUACGGGAGAGAUCCAACAAGUGGCAAUGGAAUCAGUACUCCAUAAACUAUUUUGUUUCCGACUAUCAACUUCAACAGCAACCACAAUCAAGGUCAAGUCCUGUCGUCCUUUUAGUUCAUGGAUUUGGAGCUUCUAUCCCCCAUUGGCGCAGGAAUAUUAGCACAUUGUCUCAAUAUUCAACUGUCUAUGCCAUCGAUCUCCUUGGCUUUGGUGCUUCCGAUAAGCCUGCUGGCUUUGCAUAUACCAUGGAAACGUGGGCAGAGUUGAUAUUAGAUUUUGUGGAUCAAGUCAUUAAGAAGCCAACCGUGCUAGUGGGUAACUCCGUGGGAAGCCUUGCUUGCGUGAUUGCCGCUUCAGAUUCCAGUAGAAAUCUAGUUCGAGGACUUGUUCUCUUAAACUGUGCUGGUGGUAUGAACAAUAAAGCAAUUGUCGACGAUUGGAGGAUCAAACUGUUAUUACCAUUGCUUUGGCUGUUCGAUUUCUUAUUGAACCAACGAAUAAUUGCUUCAGCACUGUUCGAACGUGUGAAAAAGAGAGAUAGCUUGAGGAACAUUUUGUCAUCCGUAUAUGGAAACAAGGAAAGUGUGGAUGAAGAUCUGAUAGACAUAAUUGUGGAACCAGCAAAUGACGAAGGGGCGCUUGAUGCUUUCGUUUCAAUCGUUACAGGACCACCAGGACCAAGCCCGGUGGAACUAAUGCCAAAAAUUUCUGUGCCUGUUCUGAUUUUGUGGGGAGAUGAAGAUCCAUUCACGCCACUUGAUGGCCCUGUUGGAAAGUACUUCAAGAAGUUAAGUAUGGAAGUUUCAAAUGUCAGUCUUUUUGUAUUGAAAGGAGUUGGACACUGUCCCCAUGAUGAUAGACCUGAAUUAGUGCAUGAGAAACUCCUUCCAUGGCUGGCUCAACUUCCUGCUUUGUAAGAGGCAAGUUUUUCAACAUCAUUUAUAUGUAUAUUUGUUUGUAUAGUUAUCCAACUGUGAUGCUUCAAUGGGUGCCAAAUCCCUGCAUGUAUUUUACCAAUUUGUUAGUUUAACCAUUAAAAAAAUGUCCUCAUUAUAGGUUGAUCGUUUAAUUGUAUUUGUCGCAAAGGGAAAAACUCGCAAUUCUUCGCUCAAACAAUUGUCAUUAACAACGUAUUUUUCUUUCUUUCUUUUUGCUGCUUAUGCACUUGGAAUUAAUCUUGAAUUGA